UGACCAUUUUUAGCUAAUAAAAUGGCUGAAAAACUUAAGGUUUUUAGUAAUAAAGUAGAAGGUUCGAUCAUUUAGCUAUAUUUGGGAGAAGAGCCCCUUCCCUUUCUUUAAAUCCAGCCAGAAUUUCAACCAGAAAUAAUUAACAUCGAUGGCGAGGCGGAAGAUCAAGAUCAAGAAAAUUGACAAUGUAACGGCGAGGCAAGUGACCUUCUCUAAGAGGAGACGAGGGAUCUUCAAGAAAGCUGAAGAGCUUUCUGUGCUGUGCGAUGCUGAGGUUGGUCUUGUCAUUUUCUCAGCUACUGGGAAGCUCUUUGAAUAUCCUAGCUCAAGUAUGAAGGACAUAAUUACGAGGUAUAAUCGGCACUUCCAUGACAACAACGAAUUGGACAGUCCUCUAGAACUGCAGGUAGAGAAUACUAGCAACAACAUUGAAUUGAGUAAGGAAACUGCUGAUAAAGCCCAGCAACUAAGGCGGAUGAAAGGUGAGGAUUUUCAAGGGCUAAACUUGGAUGACUUGCAACAACUGGAGAGAACACUUGUAACAGGACUCAAGCGCGUGAUUGAGACAAAGGAAAAUCGGAUUAUGGACGAGAUUGUUGCAUUUCAGAAUAAGGGAAUCAAGUUAGAAGAUGAGAACAAGCAGUUAAAGCAAAAGAUGGCUAUGCUGUGUAAGGAAAAAAGUUCUUUCCUGGUGGAGUCAGAUAUUGCCAUGAAGGAAGUUGUCUCAUCAGAAUCUAUGAAUAAUGUCUGCAGCUGCAACAGUGGCCCCUCUCUUGAGGAUGAUUCCUCUGACACAUCUCUUAAGUUAGGGUUGCCCUUUCCUAAUUAAAAUGAUACGAUGUAAAUGUAACAUUAAUAAGGAAUUCUUACUUCUUGUGACUUAACUUCUAUGGAUUCCAUAACUUAUUUGUUGUGUUGAGCAAAAAUUUAGAGCAUCACGCGGAAGCAAGAAUUUCUAUGUGAAGCUGCAAUGUUGGAACCUUAUAGUCAAUUCAAAUAUAACUUAUUUGUUGUGUUGAGCAAAAUUUAGAGCAUCCAUCUUUUCUGCAUGG